AAAUCCGUCGUUUGUACACAUGGCUCUGUACACGGGGAAACAAACAAAGUGGCUCGGACAUAACGUUAGCCACACCACUGCAGGCAGUCGACAACACUGGCCGUUCGUGCUCGUGCACAGCGCAGUGGGAACCGAGAGGGUCGGUGCAAAACUGGCACAUGCUAACGUGUAACCUGCGCUGUGAUGGCCGAGAAACAGCCGAAGAGGAGAAGGUCGGAAGAGUACAAACGGAAAAGGAAGUUUUAUGAUGAGGCAAGGGCGAAGACCCGCGUUAACAUAGGCGAGGCUUUCCAACAGUGGAGGGAACUGCGAGACUUGGAAGGCAUGAAGACGGAUGCAGAGGUGGCUCUGUUUCUGCUUGACUUUUAUCUUAGGACCAAGUCAGAGAGCCGACCUGAACAGCCAGCCCUUGAAAGGAGUUCUUCAACUGAAACCUGUGAAAGUGUGCAUUCUGAAUACCCGUUCAUGAUGAGUUCACUAAAUGAAGCUGAGUGGGAAACCUGUGCCGAUCCCUCUGUCCAAUCAUCUGACAAUGGAAAGGAGUCGGGGAAAACAUGUGCUGCUCUUCAGAGACUGAAAAGUGAAGAUGAGUGGACGACAAGCAACCAGUCAGAAAACAAAGAAAAUAGACAUACUGAAGAUGAGGAGGAAGAAUUCAGCACAUCAUUAAGUGUAGGAGACGGACAUUACCUGGUGGAUUUGGGAAGCUCGUCAGAGUUUGUCGUCGAUGAAGAAUGCAUCCUUCAGCUGUUCAAGUCAUGCAAGGAAUGCAGCAGACAAUGUACCGUUAGAAAACACGUCAAGGGACUAAAGAUUGUGGUUUCUCAGGCGUGCUGUUUCUGUGAAAGCCGAUAUAAAUGGACUAACCUACCAGAUGACGACGAUGGUGAUUUCCAGAAAAAUGGAAAAGAUGCAGCACACGGACAGACCAAUUCAGCAAUGUCGCCAAGUAGUAACACUAGUUGAUAGUGUCAUGUCUGAAAUGACGGUCCAACUGGACAGUGAUUGUGCUGAGAUUAUGCUGAAUGAGGAAUACGUUCCAGUUUUUUCCUAAACCUGUGAUACACUGAACCAGGCAGCUGGACUUGCGGUUAUUCUGCUACCUGCCUGUGGAGGUUUUUUUUCCUCUGGAAGAUCACAAAGCUGUCAGUUCUUUGAUGUGUUUGAUGUUAUGAUGCCAUCAUACACGUCAGAGAACUACCCGAUGCAAGGAAGAGGGUGGCUGCUUCAGCUGAACACAUUUGUCUGUUAACGUCAUACAUGACUGCCAAGUGAGAGGGAGGGAGAAUACUUGGUUUUGAUGAGCAGAUAAGACAGUUCUGGUGAACAGUUAAAUCACUAUUGUUGGCCACGAGUGGGGCUGUUGCAGAACACACUACAGUUGAACAAUCGUAAUGGCGAGAUGGUUCCCCUGAAAAAGUCUGGACCGUUCUUUUGGUCUUGAAACUUAUUGCAGAUUUUUUUACUUGCAACAUGUCACUAAUUGAUUGUGCCAAUAUGUAGUUUCACAAUACUCAGCUGCUCAAACAAGGAUUGCUGUCAGAUUUUCACACAAUAUUGAGAAAUGUUGAAAUGACUCAUCCUUUUCACUGUUGAAGAUUCAACAAGACCCCAUUUAUACCUGCCAUUAACAUGCAAUCUGAAUAUCCUAUGGGGAUAUGGAAAAACGCAUGUAAACGCACAAUGUAAUGCAUGCUGAAUGCAAUCAGAUUGUCCAGAUCGUAUCUCUGACAAACAAAUGGUAUCUGUACACUGACUGUAUUCUUAAAAAAAAAAAAAAAAAAAAAAAAGUUAAGCUGUCACUAACUCUGCUACUGAGCUACAAAUGGCAGCAAUAGCUAGCAAGUAUUCCCUCCCAAAAAGUGAUGUUAAAUUGACUCAUGCCCAUCAAUGCCAUUGCUUUCCUUUACCUGGGACACACCAUGUUUCUGGAUAAGUCAGCCCUGCCCAACUCAUUUGGAUAUUGAAAUCUGAUCACAAUGUGAGGUGGAAUGGAGAUAAAACUUGUUAAUACCAAAGCCUGUGGUUGAGAUGUAAUUAUUCAGAUACAGACCACUCAAAAAUACUCGACAUGUGAGCCAAGGUAAGUUUCCUUGUCCAUUAUGUAAUUGGAACACGUUUCAUAAUUUGAGGCCAUCUAAAGUCAGCGUUCAGUUGGUACAGGCGUAACUCAGAAGUUUUUGCAUCUAAUUGUUCCUCUUCAAUUAAAGACUUAAUUUGA